UGGAGCGGUCAGUUGGACAGAUAGCGUUCGAGAGAAACAAGAAAACGUUAGUGGAUGAAUUUAAGUGUGUUGGUGUAUUACAUGAUGUGAUUCCGGAAGUGGUUUGUUUAUGGUUGGACUGUUUGUCGAUCGUCAGCGGUCAUGGCGGUGGUUCAGUGCGUGCUGUUGCUGACAGUGCUUUGGAUCGACGGCUCCCACUCUGAUGGCCAUCAUGGUGGAAAGCAUCACAACCACCUUCGGAUCCACGUGCCGGAGUACCAUCACCACCACAAGCACACGAAGGUGAUCACCAUCCACCACCACCACGCCGCGCCCAAGAAGCAUCACCAUCACCACCAUCAUCACCACAAGCCGCAUCACCCGCAUCACCACUAUCAUCACAAGACGUCGCACAAGAAGCAUACUAAGACGACGAGCCACGGCCAUGGCCACGGCCAUCACCAUCAUAAGCCGCAUCACCAUCACAAACAUGGCCAUCAUGGCCACCAUCAUCAUGACUUCCCGACCGUAUCCCACGACUAUCCCGCCAUCCCGGCGUAUAUACCUUCGAUCAGCCACGACCCAAUACCGACGACAACGUUUGAAAGUGACUUUCCGACCUUUAACCCGUCAGUCCCAUCAUUCGGCCAAGAGCCGAGAGUGCGCGGCGUCACGCACACGGUGAAACAAGUGAAGGUCUUCGACACACAUCCUGGACUGCCGAGUGUAGGGGGAGCGGGGUACGAGGUCACUGAACCCGGCGACGAAGACGACUUCAGCUUCAACAGCAUCCAGCAAGACCACCCGGAGACUUACGGCUUCAUCAAGGACGAAGCUCCAGACCCCUUCUCUGGCCCGCAGUUUGCUGCUCCAGAGUCGUUUGCUGCUCCUCAGGCGAGCCACGACCCCUUCGCGGCCGCCCCUGAGCCUGCAUCCUCACCGGAGUUCAACCAGGACCAGCCUAUCCAAGUGCCUUCUUUCGAGGGACCUGCGGGCUUUUCUGAAGGGGCUACGUCUUUCGAGAGGCCAACAGGGUUUUCUGAAGGGGCGACCUCGUAUGUGGGGUCCUCUCCGGAAGCGUCGUUCCUGGCCGAGGGUCGGUCGCUGUCUGACGACGCCCCGGUGUCCUACUCCCGCCAGGCCGGCAUCCAGCAGGUCAUACAGACUGGAGGACACGAGACUCUUGUUUAUUGAUUGGUGGAUUCUGUGAUGUUUUUAUGCCAAAUUUUAGGUAGGUUAUUUUUGUAAAGUAGAACUAAGUAUGUAAAUGUAAGCGAUUGAAAGGUUCAACGGUUCUGCUUGAAAGUAAUAGAUAUAACGUAGUCGUAAUGGUAUUGUAAGUUGUUGAAAUAUAUUUUUGUUAUA